CCAUUUCUCUCUCUCUCCUCCAACCCCAAUAUCUCCGGGAUUAAAUUUGAAUUUAAAUGUGCCCCGGAUGUCCCUUCGUUUCAUUUCCAUUUCAGUUUGGAAACGUUACUCAGCUCUCUCCCUCUAUAGGAAAGAAAGUUUUCCUUUCAUUUCAUUUCCUUUCAUUUCCUUUCCUUUCCUCUCUAGCUGCAACAAGUUCCUCUAUUUCUUCCUUUCUUCUUGGUGUCAUCGAUGGAGACUGAAGCUGCAAGAAGCUUUCUAAAUCCAAAAUUUUUAUCUCUUACUCUGUUGCCUGAAUCGGCUUUUGAUCUUUUUACUCUAGAUCAAGUAUGAGUUGAAGCUUGUUUUCUGGAUCUGUUGAUUUUCAAGUUAUUAAGCUGUUCUUGGCUUCAAAUUGUUAUUAUCGUUGAUUGAAGCAUGUGCGGUGGUCCAGAUAGAUCAUCAAAAUCAUCUGCUCCAUCUCCAUCUACUGGAGAUACCACACGUAACACCAAAGAUAUGAAUCAUCUAACUGUUGAAACCGGAGAUUGUUUUUCCAGUUUACUUGACCUUGCAGCUAACAAUGAUGUUGAAGGCUUUAAGCGAUUGAUAGAACAGGAUGCUUCCUCAGUUGAUGAGGUUGGGUACUGGUAUGGCCGCCAAAAGGGGUCAAAGAAUAUUGUUCUUGACCACAGGACUCCAUUAAUGGUUGCUGCUACAUAUGGCAGUGUUGAUGUUCUUAAGUUUUUACUUACUGAUACAGAUGCUGAUGUUAAUCUCUCAUGUGGGAUGGACAAAACCACUGCACUUCACUGUGCUGCUUCUGGUGGUUCUCUUAAUGCUGUUGAUGCUGUUAAACUGCUUUUAUCAGCAGGUGCAUGUGCGAAUUGCCUAGAUGUCAAUGGCUAUCGCCCCAUUGAUGUUAUUGUUGUUCCGCCAAAGCCACAUGGCAUGAGGGUUGCUCUUGAAGAGCUUCUCUCAAACAGCGUUUCUAGUGUUUCAUUAGGUGAGCACAAUUGUAAUGGGUCUGUUGGUGAGCACUCUUCUAAUGGCUUUGUUGGCGGCUGCAAUCUAGGGGUGUCAAUAAGUACCUCUAAUACUAGCUCACCAGCCCUUUCUUCAUCAUCCGAAAAUGGCUCGCCGUCUUCUCCUUCUGUGUUGGUAUCUUCUCCUGUGGCCUCAAAGUACAAUGAUCUGCCAACAAUGACUAUUUCUGAGAAGAAAGAAUAUCCAAUUGAUCCAUCGCUCCCUGAUAUUAAGAACAGCAUCUAUGCAACAGAUGAGUUUCGCAUGUACUCUUUCAAGGUCCGCCCAUGUUCUCGGGCAUAUUCGCAUGACUGGACCGAGUGCCCUUUUGUUCAUCCAGGAGAGAAUGCACGUAGAAGAGACCCACGGAAGUUUCACUACAGUUGUGUGCCCUGCCCUGAUUUUCGUAAAGGGGCCUGUAGGCGUGGGGAUAUGUGUGAGUAUGCUCAUGGGGUUUUUGAGUGUUGGUUGCACCCCGCCCAAUACCGAACUCGACUUUGCAAAGAUGGCACUAGUUGCAAUAGGCGGGUCUGCUUUUUUGCCCAUGCACAGGAAGAGCUCAGGCCCUUGUAUGUCUCCACAGGAUCUGCUGUCCCUUCACCACGAUCAUCUGCAUCUGCGGCUAGUGUCAUGGACAUGGCAGCUGCUUUGAGCCUUUUGCCUGGUUCCCCAUCAUCAGUCUCUGCCAUGUCCCCUACCCCUUUUAACCCACCAAUGUCUCCUACAGCAAGUAGUAUUCCUCACUCAUCAGUUGCGUGGCCACAGCCAAAUGUACCAACACUACAUCUCCCAUUAAGCAACCUUCAAUCAAGUCGCUUGAGAUCAUCCCUUAGUGCCCGUGAUAUCCCACCUGAGGAUCUUAAUUUGUUGCCAGAUUUUGAUGCCCGGCAACAGAUUUUAAAUGAUUUAACAUGUUUUUCAGAGUCUCGUAACAAUUCUGUAUCUUUGAACCGAUCUGGUCGGUCUAAAGCACUAACUCCAUCAAACCUCGAAGAGCUUUUUUCUGCUGAAAUCUCGUCUCCCAGGUUUGCUGAUCAAGCUGCUGCAGUUUUCUCCCCCACACACAAGUCAGCUGUUCUCAAUCAGUUCCAGCUGCAGCAGAGCAUGUUAUCACCUAUUAAUACAAGUGUUUUCUCCCCAAAAAAUGUUGAGCACACUCUACUGCAGGCUUCAUUUGGUGUUGGAUCUCCUGGAAGGAUGUCACCACGAAGCGUAGAGCCUAUCUCUCCAAUGUCCCGUCUCUCAGCAUUUGCCCAGCGGGAGAAGCAGCACCAACAACUACGGAGCCUUAGUUCAAGGGAUCUUGGAUCAAACAAUCCUGCAGCCUCAAUGAUUGGAUCUCCAGUGAAUUCUUGGACUAAGUGGGGUUCACCAAAUGGGAAUUUUGAUUUGUCUGUUAGUGGAGGAAAUGAACGGGGUUACUUGCAAAGAUCUUCGUCAUUUGAGCUUGGAAACAAUGGUGAUGAGCCUGACCUCUCCUGGGUACAGUCUCUGGUUAAGGAAUCACCUCCUGAGAUGAUUAAGGAGAAGUAUGGCGUACCUGUUUCUGGUGCAGCCUCAUCUGGUGAGGGAUUUCCUAAUUCUCAAAUUGAUUGUGUUUUAGAAUCUUGGCUUGAGCAGAUGCAGCUUGAUCAGCAGCAACAGCUUGUAGUCUAGUUAAAAGUAUUCAAUUUUUACUCAAUUGAGAUAGGUUAAAGAAUUUUCUCGAAGGUAAAUAUUUUUUUGUGGGCUUUUGGCUGAUCGGAAAGUGAAAUUGGUAGGGUAACAUUAGAGAAGGUAUGGAAGAAAGGUGAAAGGUAAAGAAUUGGCUUUAAGUUUAAGGGAAAUUAUUCAAUUUUUUACCAUUUAUUGUUUAAAGCAAAGAUUGGAAGGAUGAAGCCUCUCUGGGCUAUGCUAAUGAAAACCAGUCCAGGUUUGGUCUCUCUUCUCCAAUAUAUCUGUUCCUAGGAUCAAUUAUUUAGUGUUAUUUCCUUUUCCAAAGGGAAGCUUUAGCUACCUGUUUCAUUUUGCAAUGAAACCAUGAGUUGUAUCUUUUAAUAGUAUCUUUAUUUCUUCAAUAUUUCCAUUUUCUGGAUCUGUUUACUGUUAUAAGAAAUGGUGAGAGGAGGGUAAAUCUUUCAAGAGCUUCAAUGGAUGAUGCGUUCCGAUGUGAAUGCGCUAUGGGUGGGGAUCAGAUAGUGGGGAGCCAUUAUGCUUUCUUUGAUGAUGUAAAACUGAAUUUUAAAGAUAUUAAAUUCUACACCUUUGUUUU